AUGUCGACCACCACUCAGAUCUUGUUCAACUCUCCCGCCUUGCACUCGCUCAAACGCGAGCAGCUGGUUAAACUCUGCAAAAUACACUCCAUCAAGGCCUCCGGCAAGAACGCCGAGCUCAUCGAACGUCUCAAGCAGCGCGCACAGGAGCUGCCCCAGUCCGAAGACGGUACCCUGCACAUCGGUGGGCUCACGUUCCCGAGCGACGUCGACGUGCCACGUUUCCAGAUGCCCCGCCCCAGCGAACAGUGGGAGAUCGUCAUGGAGGACAUAGAGGAGGUACAGGAAAGCACCUCGCUCGGCACGAUAUCCUCCAAAGGCAGCCUGCGCACGCAGGGGACUGCCGGGGAAUUCGGUACAAGCAACUCAAAGUCAUCGACCGUAGGUACCUCCAUCAAGGCACUUGCCACGUCUCUCGGCAUUAAGCGUGCGACAUCGACCAAGUCUUCCAACUCGGAACAACGCCCCCCCUCAAUCUGGGAUGGGUCCCGCCAAGACGAACUCACAAAGCACGCGGUCCCGUAUAGCGAGCUGCCGCCAGCACCAUCGCUUCCGCGGACCGAUGCUGCUGUCGACUGGAAUGCCGGCGCCAACGCCGAUGGCGACGUGUCCAUGUCGGCCCCCGUCCCGGGCAGCCCGUCGCGGCCAGGCGCCCCUGCCCCGGCGAACGCGCGGCUGAGCAUGGGCAACAAGGGCGCCACGACGACCAUCCGCCUCAUCUCCGCUGCCCAGCGCAACGACCACGACGCCCCCGGCACGCCACAGCUCCCGCCGUUCCAAACCAACUUUGAUCUCGAGAUGGGCUCCCCGGCCCCGGGCGCGUCCCCGGGACACCGUCCGAACGUGUGGCCUGCCUCGCCUGGAAACACCUUACAGGGACGCCGUCUGUAUCCUCUUGUUCCCUUCGAGGACAUGGUCGGCGGCGGCACCAUGACUGCCGGUACACUACCGCACCCGCACCCGCAUGCCGCACGCGACGAAGAUGAUGCCGCCCGCAUGCCCGGCGGGAUACUCACCUUCACGAACGCUACACCCGCGAAGGUCUCUGCGCCGCUGUUCUCCAAGCCGACCCCUCAGCCCGCCGACGCGCCGGACAUGUUCUCGCCCAUGCGCCCGCCCCACGCCAACGCUGUGAAGCCCGCCCCGGCUCUUCGACCGCGCUCGGAGCCGUUCCUGUUUGGCUCGCCGCUGCCGCGCCACAGUCUGUCCAACAAAGAGUUCGGCGACGCCGCGGCAUCCGUGCUCGAGGAGAUGAACCGCCGCGUCGCCGAAGCUCGUGCGGCGAAGGGCGGCGAAGCUAAGGCGCCCGCGCGCGGCGUCCAAGAUGCCUUCGCGGACGUGUUCAGCGCCAACGACAGGGCCCAUCAGCGUACAGGCAGCACGGACCGCUUCGCGAAGGCGCACGAAGACGCCUUCGGCAAGAUGGACUCUAUUGUUAACCACUAUGCCGCGCGCCGUCCACCGCAGGCGCAGGCGCAGCCCAACUCGAAGAAGCGCAAGUCGGACGCGCUGGGCAUCGGGCCCGCACCGGGGGCGAAGCGGAAGAGCAGCGCGGCCGGUGCGCGCGUUAUCAGUGCGGGCGUGCGCAAGAAGAUGGGCGUGCCUGGUGCGUUUGGCGCCGACGAAGACAACGACAACGACAACGACAACGACGGCGACGACGACGGCAGCGAAGAGGAUCCUGGCGACCGCCGCUCAUCGAAGCGAAUCCGUACGACAUCUGGCAACGAUGUGCAUAGUGGUCAGAGAGUCUCGCUCGCUCCUUCGGCCGGCGCGGAUCCGGACGCCGAGGACCUGAAGAAGCAGAAGGAGCGUGAGGCUAUACGCCGCAAGCUCGACGCCAACAAGGCCAGGAGGCGCAGCAGCAGGGGCCGAGUCAGUAUUGGCGGCAAGCCGCCGGCUGGGAAGGCAAAGACGUCCCGCUUCGGGUUCCUUGCAUCUGCCAAGUCUCUGGUGCGCAAUGUAUGGAACAUGGGUGCCGGGGCGUCGAAGGACACCAAACCCGCUGCGCAGCCGUCUUCCACUGUGCCCGUCGCGAAGCCCGCACAGGCGCCGCAACCCGCGCCCACGCCCAAGCCAGCUGCAGGUUCCUCUGCGGCGACGCGGAAGCAGUCGACUGGAGCUGAUAAUGUUAGCGUGAGGAGCGCAGCGACCACGGCCCGCACUACUACGGGGACCGCUUCGAGUCGCUUGUCGCAGGCAUCGAACUCGACCACGGCUUCCAAGAACACCGCCUCGACCAGCUCCUCUCGGCAGUCCAUGGCACGGGUCCGCGCUCCCAUCCCGUCGUUCUCCAGCGCCUCCAAAGGCACCAAACCGCCUGACGGAGCCGCCAGCUCGAGAACGAGUGUGGCUGCGAGGCCUUCCUCGUCAACGACAUCGCGCACCAGUGUCCGGCCUAGCUCCAUAGCGGGAGCAUCAUCACUAGGAACAAGGAGCAGUCUCGUCUCUGCCGUGAGGGGUCCGGUAACGUCCAUGGGUGCGAAGCGCAGUAUUUCCGGCUCCGGCGGCACUGGCGUUGGCACGACAGGCUCAACUCGUACAAUGAGCAGCGAUGCAGUGGAUGGUUCUGGUUCGGAUGCACCAACGGUCAAGAAGCGGUCCUCUUCGCUCAUGGCCCCGACGGCGAGCUCAAUGGCCAAGAGACAGAGCACUGUCCGCGCGGGCGCGGAAACCUCGGGAAGGCCCCCGGGUCUCUCAGCGGUAGCUGAGCAGACUGCCCGUCCUGCUCCUGCCCCAAGCAGGCGGCCCUCUGGCAAUGCCCGGUCACCCAAGAAGACCACCCUUGGCAUCAUCACGAACAGCCCCCGAUCGCCGCGGCUGAUCAAGAUUUUCGACAAACCACUGACGACGACGACAUUCUCGAGCCCUUCGUCCCCGACUUCUCCUCCUGCUCACAAGCCCUCGCUUUCCGCAGCGGUCAAUGCUAUCAUGGGCACACCGUCCCGGAUUCCCAGACUCGCAGUGCCGCCAAAGCCCAAGGCGCUCGUUGCGCGGAAGCCGCGAGUUUCUCGUUCUCGGGUCAUCGCGAAGAUGGGAGCGCAGCGCGCCCCAGGACAACCGGCUCUCGCGACCACUGUGGCGCCUGCUGCCCGCACGCGAUCUAGCAUGGGCGGCAGGAAGUCGCUCGGUGGCGUGAAGGGAGGCCGCCAGAGUGCUGGCGCAGAGGUCAUCAAAAGUGCGGUGAAGAAGAGGGCCCGGCAGAGUGAAUGUGCCGCCCGGCGGAGGAGCCGUGCUGCAGCUGACUCGAGACACGUACAGAUUGACGAUCACGACAUGACUACCGCCAUUGCGAUGGAUACAGACCCUUGAUUUUGAGAUGUUACGCAUGCCCGUCAUGACUCGCUAUGUUUCUUGACUGUCCCCAUUUUCUGUAUCAUGGCCGUAUAUGCGUUCACGAGGGGUGUUGCGCGCUGGGCGCAUGCGACUUGUGAUAUGUGCCAUGCCGUAUCUUAGCAGGUGCCUGACGAUCUAUAGAUGAUAUGAGAGCCGAUUUGGGUACCACCAC